CUACAACUCCUAGUUCCAGCCAUGAUCCCGCAGUUCUGGGCCUACUGUCUUUUCUCACUGUUCCUGGUCGGCUUCGCUCAGCCGACCCCGAAGCAGCAAUAGAUGAAGAUGGAUUGCUCUAAGGGGGUGACAGGCACCAUCUGUGAGUAUGGAGCCCUCACCCUCAAUGGCGAGGAGUAUAUCCAGUUCAAGCAGUAUGCGGGCAAGCACGUCCUCUUUGUCAACGUGGCCACCUAUUGAGGCUUGGCAGCUCAGUAUCCUGAACUGAAUGCACUACAGGAAGAGCUGAAGCCUUUUGGUGUAGUUGUGUUGGGCUUUCCCUGCUACCAAUUUGGAAAACAAGAACCAGCAAAAACCUCAGAGAUCCUUUUGGGGCUCAAAUGCUCACCAAAUUUCCUGAGGCGGAAGCUGCAGAGGUUCCUGGCUCCCUGUCCGCACUCCCACCUCCACACCCCUCCUGAGAGGCUCCAGGUGGAAGGUUGUUACAACAGAUCUUGACCGUGCUCUUGAGAAUGACAGCACGGGAUUUGGAGGGAAACUAAACGGGCUGACACCUGUAGUUGAAGGAAGAUGGCCUU